CUGAGCCACAGACUGAUAAGAGCCCUGCAGCCAGCCGUCCGCCCGCCAGCCCUGGUCCCCGGGGAACCGCGGCACCAUGAAGGACGAGGUGGCUCUCCUGGCCACUGUCACCCUGCUGGGGGUCCUGCAGCAAGACAGCACCAGCAAAGGCUCGUCCUCAGACUGGCCCUGGAGGACACAUUUAUGGGCCAGCUGCUUGGGACAGGACAAGGCACAGCCUGGAAGGGCCGAGCAGCAGGCAGAUCUGAUGUGGAGCUGCACCAGCAAGCUUGAGGGGGAAGCCACAGGGCCCUCCUUCCAAAUCCUACCCACCGCUGGCACGGCUGCCCCUGGGCACCUACAGUGCAUCUCGGAUGGGGGUGUCUGCAAAGGGCCUGGCUCCCAGAGCUGAGGUGCAUGGUGGCAGCCUGGCCUGGGACCAAGAGAAGGGAACCUCCUGGGGCCAGUCCACCCCUGGCACCCACCAUGCUGGAACACGGUGGUGGGACCCUGCAGUUAGACCAGGAGAGCACAGCUGCAGCCACCGGGGGGUGCAUGUCACAUUUAGGCCGGAGUCCAGGACAGCUGGACAAGGGGACUGUGGCAGGCAGGAAUCAAUGCCACGUUUUGGAGGCACAGGGGUCCAAGUUUGAGUGGCUGGGGGUCCCUUCUGGUGGGCUUGGUAGGUGGGGAACAAAGACAUUUAGCCCCUGUCCCUCGAGGGUGGUGGCAAGCUCUGUCCUUAGGCCUUGGUGGCACUUCCUGUGCAGGAACCCCAAAGCCAAGGUCCAAGCCCUUAAAGAGACCGAGCUCUGUAUUUGCAUGUGUUUUCCAAGUCAAAUGAUUCCGCCACAAGGCCCCUCCCGUGCGCAGGUGUCCCUGGGCUUCCACGCCCCCUACCCUCACCGCGCGCACGGGGCCUCACUGCUCCCGGGUCUCCACUCUGCCCUCCCCGUGGAGCGCUGGGGACCAGAUGGCCGGCGGACCACCCCCUCGGCGGGACGUUAGAGGGGCUUCCCGAGGGGCUUCCCGAGGAGUUCAGCGUGGGGAAGGGAGGGGCGAGGAAGGCGCGGGCCGGGGUGGGGGCGGCCGGCCGGCCCUGACUCCUGCUCGGCCCCCCCUGCCCCCCAGCCUACUUCUCCCUGCAGGUGAUCUCGGCGCGCAGGGCCUUCCGCGUGUCGCCGCCGCUCACCACGGGGCCGCCCGAGUUCCAGCGCGUCUACCGAGCCCAGGUGAACUGCAGCGAGAACUUCCCGCUGUUCCUCGCCGCGCUCUGGGUCGCCGGCGUCUUCUUCCACGAAGGGGCCGCGGCCCUCUGCGGCCUGAUCUACCUGUUCGCGCGCCUGCGCUACUUCCAGGGCUACGCUCGGUGCGCGCAGCAGAGGUGAGCGGCGGGCGCGACCCCGGGAGCCGGAGCGGGCCCGGAAUGGGGGGCAGGCGGCGGGGGCGCGGCCCUUUGGGGGGCAGGUGGGCCUGGGGGGCGCGGGCGCGAGCCGCUCUGCCCACCCGCAGGCUGUCCCCGCUGUACGCGAGCGCGCGCGCCCUCUGGCUCCUGGUGGGGCUGGCGGCGCUCGGCCUGCUCGGCCACUUCCUCCCCGCCGCGCCCCGCGCCGCGCUGCUCCGACGCCUCCGGACGAUGCUGCCGGGCGCCUGAACCGAGGACGCCGCGCCGCCGGGGCUGGGGGCCGCCGGGGCCUCCCGGACGGCGGGGCUGGGGCGGGAGAGGGGCUCGCCCCUGCGCUCCAGCGUCCCUAAUUAAAGCGCCCCUGACUUGACCUUGGCUGCACAUUUUGGGUCGGAGAUCGUCGCGCAGAGCGGGCUGCCGGGCUGGGAAGGCCAGCCGCGGCCGCAGCAGCCUGGAGAGCUUCCUGGAGGUGGCGGGGGCGGGGAGCCGCCUCUGUCCGAAAGCCCUUUCCCGCCGGGGUUCCCUCCACGGUCCCACGUCGCGCGCCCCCCGCGGGCCGGGAGCCGGGAGAAGCCACGUUGAGGCCCGCGCUUCAUUAACCCUUUAUUACAAGUCACGCUCUUAUAGAAGUAUAUGUGGACUUACGUGAAAAAAUCAAAUGUAUCCAAGAAUAGAAAACACAGCACAUAAAGUAGUAUAUGCAUUCCAGUGUUCGCGCCGGGGACAGCGCCGGGCGUCCGGGGAGAAAAGCUCUUGGAAAACGGCCUGGCUCAGGCUGGCCGGGCGCGAACGGUUCCGGGCGGCGGGGGCCGGCCCUGAGGCACAGUGUGGGGCCGCCUGCCUCCUCCUGCGGCCCGGCGGCCGGGCAGCACCAGCUCCUGGGGCCUCCGGGCCAGCGGCGCACCCCAAGCGCCCCGGGUCCGUGCGCCAGGCAGAGCCCUUCCGGCUGGGGCGGGCGCGCCUGGGCCUCCGGGGACAGCCGCCUGUCAGAAGCCCUCCACUCAGUCAGCCUUUUUCAGAAAGAUCUGGAAGAGUGGGGCGCGGGGUGAGCACGGGAUGGGAGCUCAGCUGUGGUGGCGGCACUGCCGGUUCCCGAGCCCCGGCCUCACCUCACUCAGGAUGACCCACACGGGCGAGUCCGUCUGGAUGGAGAGGCGCAGUGCCUCCAGCGGGCCGAAGGCGGGGUCCACCUCGCCCUCCGCCACCCCUUUGUAGAAGGAGCCUGGGGGGCGGCAGUGCAGAGGGGUUGCCCCAGGCUCCAGCGCCCCAGGCCUGGCAGCCGAGCCCUGCUCCCCCGGCGUCCCCACUCACCGAUCUGGAGGUAGCCGUCAGGGCUCCGCGGGUACCGGAGAGUGGCCGCUCGGCCCUCCUGCAGGGCCUCCUUGUCUGACUGGGGGCUCUGCGGGCAAGAGCAAGGGGCUGCACCACCGGCGGGAGGGCCCAGCCGCGGGCGCAGCCACCUCCCGGCGCACUCACGUCGAAGGGCAGCACCUCCACCGACGUGUUGAACAGCUUGUCCUCGGGGUGCUCGAUGUUCCCGCUGCGGAAGAAGAACCUGCGGGCGGCCCGGCCGUGAGCUGCCGCGGGGGUGGGCACCCUGCCCUGGGGCCUGGGCCCGCGCGCAGUGGGGAGCCCCAGGGCGCAGGGGAGACCGGUCAGCACCAGGCCGUGCCGGAGCGCCUGGGAGCAGUGCCUCACAGCCAAGGAAACUGAGGCACGGUGGGUGGGGCUGAGACCCCUGCUGGCGGCCACGGAAGGGCCCCCGGGCCCGGCCCGCCCCGUGGCGCUGGCACUGACCGCUCCAGACGCAGCGGCUGGAAGAAGCGGAAGCGGAUGAAGUCGCCCGCGGCCGGCGUGAAGGCCCAGAAGAAGUCCUCGCGCAGGUAGGCCUUCUCCAGGGUGAAGUGCUGGUACGUCUUGAGGCUCGUGCUCACCUCGGCCGGCGGGUUCACGUGCUCCCUCCGCAGCGCCUGCUUCCCGAAGUCCUUGUCCUGCGGCCGGGAGGGACGGAGCAGUGGGACGCCCUGGCCCGGCCCGGCCCCUCCCCCCCGGCGCCCGGCGCACCUUCAGCUUCUGUAUCUUGCCGGCCAGCGAGGAGUGGGUGCCCACGUGCUGGAAGAGGGACGGCUUGAAGCGGAUCCGCAGAUUGGCCUUCUGCCGGUCGCAGUGCUUCUGCGGAGGGGCGACACCCGGGCUCGAGCCCCGCCCGGGACGGGGAGCUUUGUCUGGGCUUGGGGCACCCAGGGCCCCGCGGUGCCCUCUGCUGGGGACCCACCCACCCCGCGGGACCUGCCCAUGGAGGCGCCUGCCCCCCGCCCGCCUCUGCGCCCCCGGCUCACCGCGUCCUUCUCGGGGUUGCAGACCUUCACCCACAGGAUGUGAUCCAGCAGCCAGUCGAUGGGCUUGUCCCGGUAGAACAUGAGGAUGAACUCCACAAUCAGGCUCAGGUCCAGGGACUUGAACAUCUUCCCUGGGGAGGAUGGGGGGGAAGAGGGGGUGCCAGGUGACCCGCAGAGGCCCGUCCUCUGUCCUUCGGGGAGCAGGGAGCAGGAGCCCGGGGUGACCCCGAGAGGCACUGCAGGCAGACAGGUGGAGGCUGCGA